UCACAGCAGCUCAGCUUCACACAGUCGAUCACGUCAGGGAGAAACAGGAUCAGCCUCGAUGACUUCAGAUAGGUGUUUAGAAGGGAAAUUCUGGAAUCGUUCUCGGUACAAAUGUGAGCCAUGUGAGACUAUACAUCGAAUCAUAAAAGGUUACGAAUUUACUGAAAACUGUGGGUGGUCCGACGAGCAACAACAGAUCAAGUCACCUUACAAACCAUGCAGAUAUGGGACAUUUAAUGAUGGAUCUCAAGUCAAAUGCCAAAAUUGUCGUUCUUGCCCAACGCCACUGUUUACAGCGUCUGAAUGCAGCACAACAUCGGAUGCAAUCUGCUGUAGACAAGGGGAGCAGGUUUUUAAUGGAAAAUGCAUCCCUCAACUGCCACAGACCACAAAGACAACAACUGCAAGUACGCCUGUCUUCAUAUCUAGCCCUGUCGCCAGCUCAAGCCUUUCUCCGAGCACUCAAAAUGUCUUUACAGAGCCCUCUGCAGUCACUGAAAACUUUACUCCAAGCACUCAAAGCUCUAUGCCAAACACUUCUUCAAGUCCCACUGAAAUGUCAUCAUUUAAUCAAUUCAUAGGGAUCUAUGUAUGUUUUGGGAUUUUAUCAACUCUCAUUCUGGUGUGUAUCUUCCUUUUCAUCAAGAGGAGGUCUAAGCCUUUCAAUGGAGAAUUUAAAAAAUGCUGUAAUGGAGCUAGUCAUAAAAGCCUGUCCAAAAAGAGCAUUGGCAGAUAUGAGGAGGCCAUCUCAUACAACGUAAUCAAAGAGAGUAGUAACAAUGAUCACGUAACUGGAUUGUCGCAUCUGUUAGCACCUGAGGUCCAGGAUGCACCUCUCAAAACCGUGCUGAACAACCUGGAUGUUCUUGAGGAGCUUGUGUUGGUAUUAGACCCAGACAUCUGUGGUGCCAAGAACACACGUCACCUUGCCGCCCAUUGCUCCUUUUCCUUUGCCUGGAUCAAUUAUGCAUAUUCCAUGAAGGACCACAAAAGCCCCUUCGUCGCCGUUUUGGAGGGUGUCGUCACCAAAAACCCAGACUGGACCGUCAGCCACCUCGCUGAGCUGCUAACUUCCAUCGGUCGCAAUGAUGCAGUGGAGAUUUUGGCGAAGCUUACUGCAGGUGUUUAAGAAAAAUUCAUGUGAUAUUUUAAGAACACAAAACGUACUCCGUUACUUAACGUAACCUCGGUUCCCUGAGAUAGGGGAACGAUUUCUGAGUCUUGCGAGACGCAUAUGGAAAAAGCCUU